CAUCAGACUCAUGCUAAGAGCCACUCCCGACCCCACCUUUCCCCAGACCUCUCCCCACUUUAUAGUUAUUCGCCACAGCCCGGGGGAGUCUGGGGACCGCUGCCUGGGAGAACGGCCCCGAGCCGACGCCAGAUUUCCCGCGGCUCAGGAGAACGGUGCCGCCUCGGAGAGCGCGCGAAGGUGCCGCCGGCCGCCCGACCCGCCCGAGGAACGGACAUCCCCCGCCCAGGCCCGCAAGGACGACCACGAACACCGCCGCAGCUCAGCUGACCCUGCCUCUCCCAGGUGGCUGGGGGUCGCCAACCAAGGGGGCAGCGGGCGGAGGAUGAACCCCGGAGCAAGGGAGAGCGACAGCGCGCGCCUUCACCCUACCGCCAACAAUUCGAAGUCUCCCAAAGGAACCCGAUCGGCGGGGCUGCCGUGGUACGACCGGCCGCUAACGCCACCCUGCGGGUGUCUCGACCUCGGCUGACCGCCGCUGGCCCGCUGGGAACCGCGCGCCUGCAGCAGGAGAAGGUAGGAUCCCGGGGGCCCCGGCGCCCACCGCGGGACCAACCGCGCUUGCGCCCCGCCCUCCCUCCCUCCCUUCGGGACUCCGCCCGCGCCUGCGCAGUUCCGGGGUUUCGCGCAGCGGGCGUCUGAAAGGCCGGAAGUGCCCCUUGGCGGGCGGGGGAAGCUGGUAGGCACCCGCUGCUCCGCAGUUACCGGACGCGGGGGAGGCGAGUGAUUUGCCUAAGUAAAAGGGAAAGAUAACCGAGCGACCCCCGGCAACGGGUCUACGCAUGCGUCCGCUGGGCAGGUUGGGCCGGCAAGGGAAAGCCGAGCGGGCCCCAUUGAGGGAAAGGGGUCACUUCCCGGAAGAGGCGGGGCCGCGCGGGCCGGCGCCGGAUUCGAAACGCUUCCUGGUGUUCCCGGGCCCGGCGGCUGAAACCGGGCGCUAGUCUUUGCUUGGGUAAAGAAAGAGGACUUUUCUUUUUUUUUUCUUUUGAGAAAAUUCAGGAGUUUGGAGGCACAAUAGUUAGGAUUCAGGCCAAACUGGUAAAUGACGAAGGGGCUUCUUCCAGAGCCAAGGAGGAAGGGUUGUCCGGGUAAGUCCCGCAGGACGUGGAGAGACUGCGCCGCGGAGAGACUGCGCCUCCCGGGCCCUCCCACUGGUUCCUUUGACCAUCAGGGUUGGGGGCAAGCUCUUUGUUCGCUGCUCCUCCGAAAACGCGUUCAGUGACUCCCUUUGAAUAAAGUAUGAAGUCCGAACCGAGCCGCCAGGCCGCGACCUGGACCCUGUUUUCCACUCAUGCGGGCCCUGCGGGUUACCCCGCCCCGGGAAAGCUGCUCGUUAGCCGACCGCUCGCCCUCAGCCGAAGCUGCUGGGUCCCGUUGUGCGUCCCCCGGGCAUGCGAUGGGGAUAAUUCCCACGCCUCGCUCAAAGCCGUCCCGGCGAGACCUCCCGGGUCCCCAUAGGCACAGUUGAGUGUUCCCUUUUCCGUGUUAACCUUGCAUUUUGGAUAUAGUUCUGUUAUAGUAAUUACCUUAAGGGAUUGUAGUUGUUUAUUUACAAUCGUUCCUAACCCCCCCACGGUAAACUAAAGUGUAAACUCCCUAAAUAAACGUCAGAAUUAAUGAAGUCUUACUUCCUUGGCUUAGGUUUCAGCGCCCUUCCCAACCCCACACUACCCCUUCAGUCUUUACGCAACCCUUCCCAUGAAUAUACUGACCUAGCAGGUAACCUACGUUUCAUACUCCAAAAUGUUCUCUUCUGUGUGGGGAAAAUAAUGCAUUGACUGCCACUUCACCCCACCUCCAAAUAAAUUGAUGUUGAAAUUCUGGCCUCCAGUAAUGGAAUUCUUUCCAUCAAAGUCACUUUUUAUUUCUAAAAGUAAUCACAUAUAUGUUAUAUCCUUACUGUGGCCCUUGCCAUGGAUCUACGAAAAAUAUGACAUAGUCAAAAUAGACCAAAACAUCUGGCCUUGUUGUAACCAAUGGGAAACACAGUUGGGAGGUCCCUACUUGCAUGUCACUUGCUUCAGGUACCGUUCCUUGAUUCCUAAGUGGGGACCUUUUUUCCUAAAUACGACUAUAGCUUGCCUUCUUACCUCUUACGCCCUGUUUAUCUGCAGUCUCACCUACCCUACUAAGGUCUUUAAAUGCAGAGCUGCAUCUUCUUCCAUUAUUGUAUUUCCAGCACCUAUAAAGCAUUCCUGUUAAAUAGUAGACAUUUAAUAAGUAUUUAUUGAUAAGUGUGAAUUAUGCCUCAAUGUUUAGGCUAAAUUCAUACGAAAAUAAAAUUGAAAAAAUAAUUUUAAAGAACAGCAUUAGUUACUGAGAUUAUGUGGUAAAUCCCUUAAAAUAUAAUCUUGCAUUGAAAAUAGUUUUCACCAUUUACCAAUCUUUAUAUGAAUAUAUACUCAUCUAAAUGGAAAUUGGGAAAUUUAAGCAUUUUCUGCUUUUCCAAAGUAAAUUUUCUAAUGUUUUUCCUAAAGCUGAACUAAAUUGGAAAACUUGCUUUAAUAAAGUGUGUAUUUUUGCAUCA